CACGGCCUUGUUCCAUGACUGCAUCGCACAGGCAAUUCAUGACGCAGUGCUGUGCAAAUACGCUGCGCAUAGACGCCUCGAGCCAUGAUGCAUCUGAGCUGAAGAUCCAUGAACGAUGGAUCUCGACGAGUUUUCCGACGACGGGUUCGACGACCUGACCGAUAAUGUGCUUCAAGAGCUCGAGAACAACGCCAUUCAGUUCACCCAGGCCCAGCAUGCCUUCACGCAACAGGCCGAUCAGCUCGACUAUGCCUGGGGGCAGGAGGACGAUGAUUUGGAUACUACUGAGGUGAUCAACGACGCCGGCGUCCCUGUGGGGAGGCCAAUAGUCGACAAGACGCUGCGACAACAGAGAGGGCUACAGCCUACACGGCCCUCCAUUCCUCCUGUGCCCAAUCCUCGAUGGAAUCCUGCGAUUGAUGCCGCGGCUGCCAGGCCAGGAGCUCCUCUGGCGGAGCGGCCUCGAAUCACGAGCGUCCGGCCCAUGAAUCAACCGUUCAUGGGAUCUCAGCGGUUCCCUGACUCUUCGCAAAGUGCAGCUCGCCCUCAGACUGCGCAGCUUGCGGCGAUGCCAAUGUCAUCCCAGGCGCAGUCUGGACCUAUGGUGACAGCGUUGCAAAAGCGAAUUCGUGUUUUGGAAGCAGAGCUCAAUGCAGCUCGCGGCGAAACUUCAAUACUUCGUUCAAACUCCACAAAGGCGCAGCAAAACUACGAUGAGCAGAUCGCCCGCCUCCGAAAGCUCAAUGCUGAGCAGUUACAAAAACAAGAAAAGGCGAUGGAAGCGGCUAUAGCGGCGGAGAAGCACGCCAACACCGAGCUCCAGUUCAUGCAGCGCGAUAUGAAAGAGGCUAAUGACCGAGCCCGCAGAAAGGAGCCUCCCGCCAUCAACAUGACGACGCCGAAGAAGGCUAGCAAAACAUGGGGCUUUGCCGAUGGCUUUGACGAGAUGGAUAUUGCUGCAAGUCCGAGCAAAGGCCAAGGGAGAAGCAAGACUGCUGGCUCCGUUGCUACCAACAUUGGGGAAAGAACGCCGAGCAAAGGGAAGCGAAAGCGCCCCGUAUCAGAGUCCCCCAUGAAGCCUCUUGAUAUACACACCGGCGAUGCAGAAGUGAGCGAGGGCAUGAACCCAGUCUCUCAGCUGGCUUUGCAGCAGCCUAUUGUGGUUGCAGCUCCCACAGCUCCAUUUGAUUUCUUGCAAAUUGUUCUCGAUCACGGCUUUGCCCAAGGGCAGCCUCCGACUUUCGACAUACUCUCACGCAUCUCCUUCCCUUCUGACCCCAAUACAUCCUUCUCAACCCUCAUAUUCGAAAGACUUCCCCUGAUGGGAAACCCCUAUCAACCAAUGCAGCUUCUCGUGGAUUUUGCGGAGCAAAUCAUCAUCCUCUGGACUAGAUGUUUUGAAGAGCAGUUUUGGGAGCCUAUUAAAUACCUUGUCUCGCUCAUUGCUUUCACCUUUCAGCUCCACACCUCGUCUGUUGCCCCGCUCAUCAUCUCCAGACUUGUGCCCGUGGCACAGACCAUAAUAUUUACAGUUGCGGAAGGGCCGUCGCGCGCUUCCGAUGGCACGGUCGCCAACAAUGAUGACCAUGCCAUCUUGGAACAACAGAUAGAUACGAGCCAAAUUCUGUCAUUGCUUUACACUGCAUCUUUGGCAUGUACAACAACCCCCACUGAGACUGAAGAGGGAGUUAAAUACACUUCUGCUGCGUUUUGGAAACUCAUCUCUCUUGACUUCACCCUUCUCCUCUUGAUGCCGAAGCAGAAAACCUCCGAUAUAAUUGGCAUGCUUGAUCUGCUAGCGACAUCCUCGCUUCCCGACUCUAUCGGCCCCAUAUCCGAUGAAAAAGACACGCUAUCAGUUGCGCGAGCCGUCAUUGAGCGAGUAUCUGCUAAGUUGAUGGAGCAUCCUCGCGCUACAACUACCCCUGCUCAGAAACGAAGCGUACGACUAGCUGCUCUUCGAACAUUAAUAACCUUUGCAAGGUAUGAAUUUGGUGCCAAGCAGCUGGCAUCUCACGAUAACGCCAUCCCACGCUUAGUUGCUUGCUUGAGCACAUCGAUUGACGAGCUUUAUGAUCAACCCAUCCCUCCUAGCAUUCUACCCCCUCUUCCUGAUGCCAUGACAUCUUCAUCGCUGAAAUUUUCUGAAUCUACAACUUCCGCUGAGCUAUAUCGUAUCAUCUCCCAAUGCGUGACACUUAUUCACACUCUAGCUACAGACCCGUGUACAGCCAAUUUGGCUGAAAUCACUCGAAAGCUCUCACUUUCGCACGGAGGUAGCCAAAGAUAUCUCAUUGCGCUUGGAAGAUUGACCUUUGCUGAAGAAGACCUAGUCAUGGAGGCUGGAAUUGACGGCGAGGUAGUUGAGGCGGCCCACGAGCUGUUAGAAAUGGCCGUGACGCCAGAUGAAGGAGAGACUGUGAGCGAGGCUUUUGGAGCAUAGAUGCUGUGAUGGUAGUUUUUUCUUUGCCUUUGAUGAGAUAGGGCUUAGUUGGUUCGUCCAUUUAUGCCUUUUGAUUACGUUGUAUGAGAUCACUUAUUCCAUAGGUGGCGUGCUUUUGGUUAACUAGCAUGAUCUAGCAAAUGGAGAGGGCUAGAAAUUGGUGACCGGCUGGUUUAGAGAAAAACAUUUUUGAAAAAGAAACAUGCAGGGAAUUGCAAUGGUCAGGAGGCACCCUCGUGUGCCCGGUGUUUAGGAUAAGGAGUUGGAUAUACCAUGUAUGGCUGCGAAAUUAUAGUUUGAUACACUCUUGAAUAAUAUCUAAGUCCAGGCAAACAGUCAUUUUCAAAACCAGAUGUUGUUCGCUACUUGAGACUUUGUGUCACACCUUGUUCUACAUCACAAAUUGCACAAGUC